AGUUCACUGCGCUGGCUUUCUCAUCCUUGAAACUUUGGGCGAAAUGUCGACUUCCGAGUCUUCCAAUAACGGCUCGCAACCCGGCAAUCAGGAUACAGGUUACAUACCUGGCGACGACACUUGGACGCAAUGGCGCAAUAUCUUCUCCAUCCUAGCAGGGCGAAUGACUGAUGAAGGGAAAGAACAGUUUCGUGUUGCCCGGGACAUUCGGAAUGAGGUCGCCGAUUGUAAACGUUGCGAGGAUCAGCGUGAUUAUCUCUUACAGUUCAGUCCCAUAAUUCGGUUCAUGAGUGACAGUAUUCGACAGCUUGGGGGAGACCUCCAUAGCCAUAAUAUUUAUUGCCGCCGAUGUACCAAUCGAAAAGCUGGAGGCUUCGACCCUGACUAUGGUAUCUUAAUUUGCGCGAAUGAGAUGAAGGACCAGGGACAUCUGGAGGACACAAUGGCUCAUGAGAUGGUCCACGCCUACGAUCACCUGAGAUUCAAGGUUGACUGGAUGAACAAUUUGCGGCACGCAGCUUGUACCGAGAUUCGAGCCAGCUCCCUUAGUGGGGAAUGUCGGUGGGCGCGCGAGUUCUUCCGGAGGGGUCAGUGGAAGUUUACACAACAGCAUCAAGAGUGUGUUAGAAGAAGGGCUAUCUUGUCUGUACGAGCAAGGCCAGGAUGCAAGGAUGAAGCCCAUGCAGAGAAGGUUGUAAACGAAGUAUGGGACAGCUGUUUUAGGGACACCCGCCCCUUCGACGAGAUAUACCGAUGAUACUACCAUUUUUGAGCGUUGCAGUCCUGCAAUAGAGGGCACUCGUGUGUAUAUAUUAUUUGAUACGCCACCUGCAAAGAUAUACCAAUAAAUAAUAGACCCAGGGAACCGGACGCCGCAGAAAGCAGAUAAUCGUAAAACUCCAGCAUGCUCAACGCAUUCCACACGAAAUAAAUCGGAAAAAGGCCACUGGUUGGAGUGGCAGGGAAAGACCACACGUCUCAACACCAAAGCGCCAUGAAUGCAUGAGUAUUACAUUAUUGUUUGGCAUCCUUUGACGAAGCAGAACCAGAACUGCGCUUCAUGGUUCGCUCAUCCUUAACACAGUGUUUAAGAAUCCAGGGAUGCCUCUGGAUUUCAUCAAGAGAGAUUCGCUUCUCAGGAUCCAGAACAAGAAGC